GACCCUACUCUGAAAGGAUCCUUCUUUAAAGAUAAGAAUUGGACACAAGGUAGCAUAGAUGCGGUACAGGAGAAGACACAGCAGGUCUUUACAAAUUAUGCCAUCAGCCCCGUAGAAAUGUCUCCUGAAAAGGUACCUACACAAGAAUGCAGCACUUCCUUAGUAGCCCAGCUUUACAAAAAACGCAAACUAGAUGAGCGAAGCGAAUUUGACCGCUAUAUGGCUCUUCCUGUGAUUGCACAUGAAAAUAAUGGCGUGCCGUGCAAUCGACUAGAAUGGUGGAAGGCCAAUGAAUCUCAAUUCCCAGGACUGGCCAAAAUGUCUCGUGACUAUUUAGCAACACCAGCGACCAGUGCCCCUUCCGAGCGUGCAUUUUCCAGCGCCAAACUUUUGAUUGGAAUCGAUAUAAACUUUCCUCUGGAACAAUUAGUGAAUGCAUGUGCUUAA